GCGGCACGGGAGAUGGAGCCCAAGGCUUGGUGGAUUUGGAAACCCAUGAACUCCAGCUGCGGUCGCGGAAUCAAGUUGCUGCCCAGCCACCUGAGCAACAAGGUGCUCAACCGGCUGGAGCAAAAGCAGGGCCUGGUCCAGCGUUACGUUGAACGGCCCUUGUUGUUGGACGGCUACAAGUUCGACCUGCGACUCUACGUCGUGGUGACCUCGUUUGAUCCUUUGAAGGCCUACAUCUUUCAGGAAGGUUUGGUUCGGCUUUGUACCGAGCGCUACGCCUUGAGCCAAAGCUCGUUGAAGAAGAGAACCAUGCACCUCACAAACUACUCUGUGAACAAGCGGUCAUCGAAGUAUGUCCCAAAUCGGGAUGGCAAGGCGCCCAAGGCACCAGCGCCAGCUCCGCCUGAGGAGGAACUGCUCUACAAUGAGGAGGAUGACGCUGAGGAGUGCCCCACCGAAGCGGGGCUGACAGAGAUGAAUGAAAGCGAGGAUGAGAGCGAGGAUGAAUUCAACGAGGCCGCGUCCGGCUCGAAGGAGGAACCACCGAACGCAGGCCCCAAUGGCAGAGCCACAUCGAAGUGGACCCUCAAGGACUUGCGGGAACAUUUUGAAAGCCAGGGACUCGACUAUUGGGCUCUUUUGGCGAAGAUCAAGGAGCUCAUCGUGAAAACCUUGAUCGCGGUGGAAACACCCAUUGUGAGCGCGUGGCACAACGGCGCCAACUACCAGCGCGCCAAACCGGGCCCACCCGCGCCCAACCAGACCUGCUUUGAGCUUUAUGGCUUCGAUGUCUUGGUGGACCAGAAGCUGAGGCCUUGGUUGCUGGAAGUGAACACCUGCCCGUCCUUGUCUUCCUCUUCACCGCUGGACAAGCGAUUGAAGACUCAGCUUGUUGCGGAUAUGCUCACCCUUGUGGGUUUGCAGCCCUACCUGGAGGUGACUCCUCAUCGUUUUGCAGAGAAGGUGCCUCGUGCGCCCCGCGUCACCGCCGAGCGGCUCCUGUCCAGCGGUUUGCGUUUGCGGGACCUGGGAGAGGCUGAAUGGUCCUUAAUCUUGGACGCACACGACGAAUACUUGCGCCGCGGCAGCUACGAGAGGAUCUUUCCCGAUCUGAAGAGCCAGGAACUCUUCCGAACCCAGCGCUAUGCGAACUGCGUCUUGGCGAAGUGGCUCCGAGAAGGAGGUGAAGAUUGCUUCCUCCCGGAGCGCGUCGACUUGCGCCCAAAUUGGCUGCCCUUGCAGCUCUUCAGCUCUGCGUGUUGA